AUGGAUGUCUUUGACAAGCUUUUGACCCGUCCCCUCCAUGUCACUGAUGAUGAGUUGAAGUUGGUGUUUUCCUUGUUGGAAUCCAACCAGACUUCUCUUACACCUCAUGAAGACUGCCAGAUCCUCUACCUUGGGUCUUUCAAUGUGGAGGUAAAAGGUUCGAAGAAGGUCAUGGAGGGUUGGUGUAAACAAGGCCUUCACUUUGCGGAAAUGAAGCUUUGGGUUGAGUACAUCCAGGACCAUAAGAUGGAGUAUGAGGAGAGGAUGUGUAUUCAGUUAUUGAAACUUGCGGAGAAGGGAAGAGGCCUUGGAACCGCCAUAUGGAAGAUGUGA